AUGGUGCACGUGGUCUCGUGCCGAUAUCUGCGCAUCAGUUGCAGCGAGGACGACCACCCACUCUUUCGAUGCUACUACGCCAGGAGCAAUCGGGAACGCAGCAUCAAGCUAUUGCGCUGCUUCCCUCACUGCUGUCCGGAGCACGUUCAGCGCUGCUACUGCGGCUCUUCCGUCCACGUAUUGGUGACUUUCGAUGCUGAAGUAUCGGCUGCUAGUCAGAGGAAUUUACUGGUCUGCGCUCGCUUCGAACCUUCGCGUGUGAUUCCUCCGUGGCCCAUGAAUCUAAUCAAUACAUCGAGAAUUGAGGAAAAUGACGUAAACAUUGAACACAGACUGCGGCCAGGAGAGGUUGUCUCUCUACCGGAGACUCUACUGUCCACAGACAACCGGAAGGCGACGCAGAGUGUCUGGAUACGAGCAGACAGAGAAGGCGAGUCGAAGCAGACUUAUAAGAACGGUGUCCUGUUUGUGCUCAAUAAAUACCGCUUCCCCAAGUGGCUCUACAGCUACGAUAGUAGCGAACCAGAUCACAACUUGGAGAGAUUGACGCCGCUGUACUGGCUCGCCAUGAAUCUCCAGGCUUUUCACUAA